UUCGACCCAAACGUUGCACUAAGACGUUCAUUUAGUGUUUUCAUGGCACAAAAAAAUACAGAUUUAAAUCGAAAUAGGUGAAUCGUCGCAAACAUUUGCAGUCAGCCACAUUUAUGGUUUAUAUUUUUUUUAAAGAUCACUGUAUGUCAACAUUCAAAUUUUACCAUAAUGUUCUGUGUACAUUCACCCGAAAAUAUGCAAAAAAAGGGAAAACAACCAAAGGAAUUGCCGCUGUCGCUAAAAUACGUGAAAUUAAUGUGGAGACAGAUCCAGAGAAAAUUGUAAACUGCUGCUGUAUUAAUUAUAGGAUAGGUGAACAACCUAUUCCACUGAAGCCAGAUAAUGAGUAUCCGGAUUGGCUCUGGAAAUUACGGACAGAUAGAGGUUCUCCCCCUCUUGAAGAGGUUGAUAAAAAUUCCUACUAUUAUUGGAGACGAAUUAGAAAAAUGAACCGUAACCUGAUCAAUAAGUUGGCUUCCGUGGAUGGGUGGCAUAGGAAGGAUCAUCGGUCGUUUGAAAAUCAUGCCCUUCGAUUUUAUGGUAACUUGUACUUAGCUGUUAGUGAAUGGUCUAAUUCAAAGAAACUACUUGAAAAUAAAAAUUAAUCCAUACCACCUUGCAUUUACAUAGCACGCCCAAGUAUGAUUUUUAUCUGCCAAAUAAGUUGCAAGUCACCUGAUAGUCAAGUGGAAACUUUAUUAUGGCAAUUAGUUCCAUUCGGUGAUGACUUUUAAAAUCUUUAGUAGUGAAUGAUAACGUAUUGUAGUGUGUCCCGUCACUUUCCUAUGCGUGAGUAGCUUUCAUUUUCCAGUAAAAUAUACCUGUUCACAGUUAUUAGUAGAACAGUUAACCUACAAUAUUUAUCUUGACCCACUACACAACGACUCCAAAAGAUUCCAAACUGUAUGUAAGGGUCUUAACAUUUAGGAUUCGACAGUUAUUCUGAUAACUAGCCAAGGAUUUAAAUUUAUAGACCAGGCAUCUAAACACAAAAAGUUCAUUUAAAAAGCCCAUAGUAACAUAUUACUUGCAAAUAGGAUAGUAAGAACCGUCUGCUACAGCUUCGCGUACAUAAUAACUUAUUUUUAAUCAGUACACAAUCAUCGCCUAUAGGAUACUAGGAUUUC